AUGUUCUGGUUUUCUUCCCACCAACAACAGCAGCAACAGCAACAACAACCUCCUCUCCUCCCAACCCUCCCCACCUCGAAAUCCAAAAUCCGUAGAACCCUCAAAGCCCCCGGCCGCCCCAUCGCCAUUCGCAAAGACCACAUUACCGACACCAAGACCCUCCUAAUUGUGCGUCCACAAGGCGAUGCCCAAUCCGCCGUGGCAUACAAAAUCCAAGAUGCCGACGGCAUGACGCUCUACACCGCUACAGGGCGCAAGUUCAGCAACCGACCUUGUCGCGAGUUCCGCGAUGCGUCGGGCCUCCCACUCUUCGAACUACACCGCAAGACUUCUUUCAAGAACAACUGGUCCGUCACCUUACCCGGCAGUAACCCAACCAGCCCGAUAGCCAAAGGUGCUGUCCAGCGCUCAUCCUUCAGUGCCGCCGGCUGGGGGAACUGCAAUUUCACCAUCACGUUCGACAAUGUAGCUGCGGCGGAUGGGAAGCAGCCUGAGGAGCGUACCCUGACAUUGGAAGUGCAACGGCAUGGAAAUGUGCUGGCGCUGUUUGAUAUCGUGGAUGGGGAUCGCAAGAUUGCCGAGGUGAAGGAGAGUAUUCGCCAUAAUGAGAAAUUGGCGCUUAUGCCUGCGUCUCGCCUUGGGUAUCGCCCUGUACUGGAUGUGAUUGUUACUCCCGGCGUGGAUAUGGCUUUGAUUGCAACGAUUGCGGUCAUUGCAUCGGACACAGUGUUUGCUUCGAACUAUUAA